CGUCACUUCCGCCGCGCCACUUCCGCCCCGCGCCGCCAGGGGGCGCCGCGCCGCGUCAGGGGGCUGGUCCGGCGGCGGCGGAAGCGGCGCUCUAGCCCGCGCCUUAUAGGGCUCGAUUGUGCUUCCGGUUUCCUCUUUCCCCGGGACCGCCAACAUGGGCCGCGUCCGCACGAAGACCGUGAAGAAGGCGGCGCGGGUGAUCAUCGAGAAGUACUACACGCGCCUGGGCAACGACUUCCACACCAACAAGCGCGUGUGCGAGGAGAUCGCCAUCAUCCCCAGCAAGAAGCUCCGCAACAAGAUCGCGGGCUACGUCACGCACCUCAUGAAGCGCAUCCAGAGGGGCCCGGUGCGCGGCAUCUCCAUCAAGCUGCAGGAGGAGGAGAGGGAGCGCAGGGACAACUACGUGCCCGAGGUCUCAGCCCUGGACCAGGAGAUCAUCGAAGUCGACCCCGACACAAAGGAGAUGCUGAAGCUGCUGGAUUUCGGCAGCCUGUCCAACCUGCAGGUCACACAGCCUACAGUGGGGAUGAACUUCAAGACUCCGCGUGGAGCCGUGUGAGCCUCUGCUGUGCCCUCGUGUUUUCAAUAAACCACAGACAACA